CAAGACGCAGCAGCUGGCUUGCCUGUUUGUGAGAUGUUUCCCGAACUGACUCAUGCAAUCUUGAUGGAACUUACCAGGAAGAUCCUAGUUGAGAUCGGAUGAUUUGCAUUUCGAUAAGAUCCCUGAUAUAUUUAUGCGCCGCCUACCAAAGGCGUAAGCGUACUGAAAAACAGCGGGUUACGCAAACAUCGGAUAGCCGUGAUUGACAGUCUCACAUCGUUAUCGCUGAAUCUUCUCAUAAAUAGCGCAUUGCAAAUGACAAUAUUAGAAGGCACUGUUUCUUUCUGAGAUUUAUUGCUGUUGCUUGGAAGAUUGACGCAAGGAUAUCGUGAAUAUGUGCACGAUUCAAUAGCAGCGUGCUAUAUACCCAUAAUCACUGUUAAAUGUGGAAAGAUACAGGGAAAACAUAUAAGAGGAAACGUAUAAAAAUAUAAAUCCGCAUAAACUUCCAUAGCUUAUUUGUUAUUUGUCUGUUAUAUUUUUGUUUAGCGAGUUGUUUUUACGAAGAUAUUGAAGAUAAAUAUUGUUCUGAUAUUUAGUGGAAUGUAAAUGAAAAAAUAGAGCAACAUAUAUAGCUCGGUAAUUGGUUCCGAAAACAAUUAAAAUUUUGAGUAAACAAUUCUUCACUGAUCACCCUGUGUAACCAACGAACGAUAAAAAUUGUACAAAAUGGAAAAGAAACAGGUAUUGGCGAGCGAUACGAGUCUCCCGGAUCCUUUGAAUGUUUUUGUGAAAAAAAUUGGAAGAAGAAUCCAUGACCCGGAAGGUAAAAGCAAAGAAACUUUGAAAGAACUGUUGAUGACAAAUUUAAUGCCUAAUCAACACCAACCGACAUGUUUACCUUAUACAACAAACUUAGAAAUAUGUGAUGAAAUAAAUGGUAAAGUUGAGGAUUCUUCUGAAAACAAUAAGGACAAAGAUAAUGAUAAGCAGGUUGAAGAAACGAUAAAACCCGGGAUUGAACCUAUCAAAGAGGAAGAGGAUGAAUCAGAAUGUUCUUCUAGUGACAUGGAUGAAAUAGAAUUGUCUUUUGAUGGUAAAUGGUUGAGGGAUCAUUUGCAAUUACCACUGAAAAUGGCGAUUAAAGAAUUGGUCGCGAAGAAACCGUACGACCCAGUUAAUUACCUUGGAUUUUGGUUGAUGCAUUAUAAAAGAUGUCAAGAGCGUAAUCAAUGGCGAUUAGAGAAAGAUCAAGAGCUUAAUUAUCUUCGAUCAGUGAUCCGAGAACCAAUACCGGAAGUGGAGGAAUCUAUUCCUGUAGACAUGGGAGAAGAAGAAGAGGAAACUAGGGACUGGAAUUUUGAACAUUACAACAUAAUGUGAUCGUAAAUUUUUACUAAAUUAGUAUUUUAUUCUUUUGCUAAUUACACUAGGAAUAUUUUCAACAACUUUUACGAUUCAUUUGUUGUUUAAUCGCCAGGUAAGGUAUAAGAUAAAAUUUUUAAAUUCAAGCGUAUUUGAUACAAAAUUGAUAGUAAAUAUUCAGUAACAGAGUUAUCAGAUCAAUUAUAAAAGUGUCGGUUAUAAUAACGAUACAAACAACAAAUAGUAGCCCGUUUAAAAUCAAUCAAAGGGUUAAAAGCAUCGUUAGAAAUGAUUUUACGAUGUAGUGCACGACGAGUAAACAUCAGUGGGUUGAUUCUCAACCUUUUAUCGAUAUUAUUCUGUUUGCCUCGACGUGGUUUACAUUGGUUUGAUCCACUUAUUGAACGAAUAGGUCGCUGUCUGACCAUAGGAUACUUUUCACCCCUUAAAAUCGACAGGAAGUCGCGUUGAAAGUUCGAUAGAUCGUUUCCAGGUGUCUCGACGUUCGACGAGACUCGGGUUUCGGCUACGUUCGUUCGGGUUCGUGUAUUUCCGUGUUCGGGUCGCGGUUCCCAUGCGAAGCUGCGCUCAGUUCGAAUCGCGCAGCCGCUAGUUGUAGUUCCGUUCGCGGUUAACGAAAAUACCGUCGAAUAUCGUGCGUUGUAACACGCGAGGAAGAACAUUUCGAUUUUCCGGCGGCGACUCUUUUUCCAGACAUGAGGAGUAUCGGCUAGCGAAAGAAUGACGUUGGCGUGGGGCGACGCGAACGGUGCAGCGAGACACGCGUUCUAUGUCAUUCAAUUGUUAUUGACGCAAGGGUUGGUUGCGCGGCCAUGGCAGUCGUCGGGUCAGCGGUUUAAUCGUCAGAUGGCGCGGUGUUCGUUUCGGUCCACCCUGCCUGCGCUGGAAUGCCCUCAACGAGGAGCCUCUCGAAGCUGUCGUCUUUCGUGGAGCUUUUUUCCACGCCACGAUCAGGUGACCGGGCCGAGGCCCUUUUUCGACCCUACAAACCGUGCCCACGUCGUUAGGGAUCAGCCGUGAAGGGACGCGAAUCCGUGAAAAGGAACGCGUCGACCCGCCAGCCUUGUGGUCCACUUAACGCGUAGGUAGUGUGUUGUGUUGUGCACCAAAAGGCGGUUCCAGUGCACUCGACUCGAUCUCAAUCUUCGCCAUUUUACGGUCUCGAUAAUUUGUGAUCCCGUUCAAGAUUCGUGCCUACCCUUCGCGCGAUUUCGAAGCUGUCCACACGGGGGUUGUUAACCGAGGGAAGUGGACGAGGCCGCGAAGGGGAUCGUGUUAAAGCGGAACACGGGAGUGUCGUCCACCAUUUUGGCUGCGCGAGGUUAUUCGAUGCGUGCACCAUUCCCGUCGUACCUUCGCUGUUUUCGCGUAUGCCCUCGUGAAGUAUCCUUCGCGAUGUCCACGAGAUUAUCCGCCGACUCGAGGGACGAUCGGGAACGGUGUUUCGAGAGGUAAUUGGGAAUAAAAUGAUACGGUAAAAUCGUCGUUUAAAUGGAGCAAGGCGAGGGGCUGUUUUCAUCGUCACCAUCUCGACGCUGUCAGCUGGUGUCCUAGUGACAGUGUUGAAAAUUGACAGUGAUCGUAAAAACCCUAGAUCGGUGUACCGUGGAAGCUAGCGGAAGUAACGCGACCCGACAAUAAUACCCAACAUUCUGGAUACGAAACGAAAGGGUAAAAAACGAUGUCGCUCGAAAGUGGGUUACCAUAAGUGCCGUCCCUGUUGUUGGU